AGUCGUCUCUCGCGAUGUUUUUUUGUUUUCAUUGAUUUGAAACAUGGCGUCUGAGGUUGAGGCGGGGAGCGCUGCUGCAACCGAACCGGAGAGCGGAGAAGGGGAUGCUGCAUUUGGGGAACUACCCACCAGCAUGGAUACUGAAUCUUCAAAUGGCAAAGAUGGAAUGGAGGCAGCCGGGGAGGGCUCUGAGCCUGCUGAUGCUCUGACUGGAUCAGGAGAUGAGGAGAGUGGGAGGCAGCUGGGGGAGGUGGAGCUGCAGUGUGCCUUGUGUAUGAAGUGGUUCACUGCAGACACGUUUGGCAUCGACACUGCGACCUGUCUUCCCUUUAUGACCAAUUAUGUGUUUCACUGCAACGUGUGCCAUCACAGUGGCAACACAUACUUCCUGAGGAAACAAGCAAACCUGAAGGAGAUGUGUCUCACAGCCCUGGCAAACCUCACAUGGAGAUCCAGAUCACAAGACGAGCACCCAAAGACCAUGUUUCCCAAAGACAAGGAUAUCAUACCAUUCAUUGACAAGUACUGGGAGUGCAUGACAACUCGUCAGAGACCGGGGAAGCUCACCUGGCCCAACAACAUAGUGAAAACAAUGAGCAAAGAGCGGGAUGUCUUUCUAGUGAAGGAACACCCUGACCCCGGCAGUAAAGACCCAGAGGAGGAGUACCCAAAAUUUGGCUUGUUGGACCAGGACCUGGGAAACAUUGGACCCUCAUAUGACACACAGAAACAGGCCACUGCUGCUCCUACUGCUGGUGGACUCAAUGGUGGAUCUGCUUUCUCAGGUGCUUUGGCCCCUGGUCCAGGAAAAGGAAGAGGAGCUAAACGUAAACAGCAGCAGCAACAGGAGGGCACAGCUGCAGGGGCCACCAAGAGAACCCGCAGUGAUCCUCUGUUCUCGGCCCAGCGCCUGCCUCCUCAUGGUUACCCACUGGAGCACCCCUUCAAUAAAGAUGGAUACCGUUAUAUCCUGGCAGAACCAGACCCUCAUGCUCCCGACCCAGAGAAGCUGGAGCUGGACUGCUGGGCUGGCAAACCCAUACCUGGUGAUCUGUACAGAGCCUGUCUCUAUGAGAGGGUGCUGCUGGCCUUACAUGACAGAGCGCCUCAGUUGAAGAUCUCUGAUGACCGUCUGACAGUGACUGGAGAGAAGGGCUACUCCAUGGUGCGAGCAUCGCACGGCAUACGGAAAGGCUCCUGGUUCUUUGAGGUUUCUGUUGACGAAAUGCCCGCAGAGACCGCGGCUAGGCUCGGCUGGUCUCAACCGCUCGGUAACCUGCAGGCACCUCUGGGUUAUGACAAGUUUAGCUACUCGUGGCGUAGUAAGAAGGGCACGCGGUUUCAUCAGUCCAUUGGAAAGCAUUAUUCCUCCGGCUACGGUCAAGGAGACACGCUGGGUUUCUUCAUAGAGCUGCCCGAUGGCACAGAGACAUCCAAGGCUCUGCCAGAUACAUACAAGGACAAGGCGCUAAUCAAGUUCAAGAGCUACCUGUACUUCGAGGAGAAGGACUAUGUGGACAAAGCAGAGAAAAGUCUCAAGUCAAUGAGUCCCAGCAGGAUGAUAUUCUAUAAAAAUGGAGUGAGCCAAGGUGUUGCCUUUGAAAACCUGUUUGAAGGCAUCUACUUCCCUGCCAUCUCGCUCUACAAAAGCUGCACGGUUUCAGUCAAUUUUGGGCCACAUUUCAAACACCCGCCGAAGGACAUCAAGUAUCAGCCGAUGAGUGACAUGGGCUGGGGAGCUGUGAUCGAGCACACGCUGGCUGACAUGCUGUACCACGUGGAGACCGAUGUGGACGGCCGACGCAGUCCUCCCUGGGAAGGAUGAAUCCUGCUUGAAUUCAGUACACACCCUCCUCACGAAUAAAAAAAUUGUUCCCCCUCCAGGCUGUGAAAUAAAAGCCCCACACGGUGCAGUGAGCUGUUGGCCCAUAAAGUAAAAAAAA